CACUUUGCAGCACCAUGGGGAUCCUGCUGAGCCGGGUUCAGGAGAUGCUGAGCAACUUCUACGGGAUGCAGGCUCGCAUCCUCCUGCUGGGGCUAGACAACGCCGGCAAAACAACCAUCAUCUACCGGCUGAAGCUGAACGAGACAGUCACCACCAUCCCCACCCUGGGCUUCAACGUGGAGACAGUGGAGCCCAUCAGGAAUGUGACCUUCACCCUGUGGGAUGUGGGAGGCCAAGUCCGGAUCAGGGCCCUGUGGAGGCACUACCAGUCCAACACAGAUGGCUUGGUGUUUGUGGUGGACAGUGCUGACCCUGAGCGCUUUGAGGAGGCUGGAGCUGAGCUGGAAGCCAUGCUGGGGGCUGAUCUGAUGCAGGGGGUGCCCUUGGUGCUGUUGGCGAACAAGCAGGACCUGCCUGGAGCCCGGCCCAUAACAGACAUAGUGGAAGCGCUGGGCCUGAGGAAGCUGCAAGGCCACAAGUGGCACGUACAGGGUUGCUGCGCCGUGAGUGGACAGGGGCUGCCCGAGGCGCUGGAGAAGCUGGCAGAGAUGGUGAAGCAGAAGCAGAAGGCCAGGGGGCUAUAAGGCAGGCUCCUCUGCACCACUCGGGGACUAUGGCAAACGCUUGCCAACCAGCAGAAAUCCCCUGACUCGGUCAGUAAACUCUGGGGAAUGGGACAGGGACAUGCAGACUCCUGGAGAUCCCUGGGCUUCUCUGCCUGCCUAUUAAGGACCUUGUGAGGCAGUAGUUCCCCCAACCUGCUGCUUCCUCACUGUGUUUGCCUUGGGAGCAUCCCAGCCAACCUGAGACGGACUGCUGCUGGGAGGCCCUUUCAGAGAUAUGGAUCACCUGGGGACCUGCUGGGAUUGGAUUCUUUCUGUAUCAUGCAUAGGGCUGUGGUAAUGAGUAUUAAACAAGUGG